CACUGUUCAGGAGUUGAAGGGAUCUGGAGAAGAAAUGACAGCUCCAUACACCACUGUUCCUUUCCUUUAUUUGAGAGCCUGACAAGAACUCUGCCAAAAGUAACUAACUGUUUUUGGCUUUGUGUAAAAUCAGCCGUCUUGUUGUUGUUUAGGAGUGAGUGCUUCAGAAACAAAAGCAUCAUGUACACAUUCCUGCCUGAAAGCUUCAACCCGGUGAAGCCGAAGCCGUCCAAGGAGCUGAAGCCAAUGAUUGGUGCAGUGCUUGUCGGGCUCAUCUUGUUCAUUUCGGCGGUGGUGGCUUGGUGCUACUACACGGCGUCUCUCAGGAAGGCAGAGCGGCUAAAGACGGAAUUAAUGGACCUGAGGAAGGAUGGGUUCAUCAUCAAAAACCACAACGGGGAGGUGGUUUUCAGACUGGCCUUCCAGUCGGGCACCCUCGACCUGGAGUCCUGCUCGAAAGAAGGGGAAAUUUUAACCUGCACCAGGUCAGACAGAGGGAAGCUGAAUUUCUUCAUUCAGACGGUCAAGCCCAAGGACACGGUGAUGUGCUACCGCGUCCGCUGGGAGGAGUUUGUGGUGGACACGGUGGUCGAGCACACCAUGUUUUGGGAAGACGCUCACUGGUACGGGGGCUGUGAAAUGAGCGUCCAGCACUGGCCAAUCAGACUCCCAGGGUACCAGGAGCCCAUGCCCUUUGUGACGAGCGACGUGUAUUCCUUCAGGGGCAGCUUUGGAGGCAUCUUGGAAAGGUACUGGCUGUCCUCGAAAGCGGCGGCUAUAAAGAUCAACGACUCGGUGCCCUUCCACCUGGGGUUUAACGCCAAUGAACGGUCGCUCUUCUUUCAAGCCAGAUAUAAGGAUUCUCCCUACAAACCUCCCCUUGGGCAGCAGCCUUUCCCGGAGCUGAGCUACCGUGUCUGCGUUGGCUCGGAUGUGACCUCCAUUCACAAAUACAUGGUGCGCAGGUACUUUAACAAGCCUUCUAAGAUUCCAUCAGAAAACGCCUUCCGGUACCCAAUCUGGUCUACGUGGGCUCUGUACAAAAAUGAUAUUGACCAGGAUAAGCUGUUGCGUUUUGCAGAAAAGAUUAAAAAGUACCAGUUUAAUUGCAGCCAUAUUGAAAUCGACGACACCUACACACAGACUUAUGGUGACUUCGACUUUGAUCCGGUAAAGUUCCCUAAUGUGACAGAAAUGUUCAAAACACUGAAAAAAGAGGGAUUUAAAGUUACCCUGUGGACACAUCCCUUUAUAAACUACAAUUCCUCCAAUUUUGGGGUGGGGAUAGAGCGGCAGCUCUUUAUCAAGGAGCCGACGGGGAAACUGCCCGCGAUGGUGAAGUGGUGGAACGGCAUUGGCGCCAUAUUGGAUUUUACCAAUCCCACAGCCAGGGAGUGGUUUCAGAGCCACCUGAAACAACUGCGGUCGAAGUACGGCAUAGCGUCCUUUAAAUUUGACGCUGGUGAGGUAAGCUACCUUCCAAAGCAGUUCAGCACCUUCAGGCCCUUGUCGGAUCCCAGCAUCUGGUCCAGACGGUACACGGAAAUGGCCAUUCCGUUCUACGAGCUCGCCGAAGUCAGGGUCGGCUACCAGUCCCAAAACAUCUCCUGCUUCUUCCGCAUCAUCGACCGCGACUCGGUUUGGGGAUAUGAGCUUGGCCUCAAGUCCCUGAUCCCUACCGUGCUCACCAUUAGCAUGCUGGGAUACCCUUUCAUUUCAGCUGACAUGAUUGGUGGGAAUAUUUUCCCCAACAAGACAGAAGGUGCUGUUGAAAUCCCAGACCAGGAGCUGUACAUCCGCUGGCUGGAGCUGUCAGCCUUCAUGCCCUCCAUGCAGUUUUCCAUUCCCCCCUGGCUCUAUGACAAGGAAGUGAUUGAGAUUGCACAGAAGUUCACAGAGCUGCAUGAGUCCCUGGUUGCCCCUCUCCUGUUGGAGUUGGCUGGAGAGGUCACCAAUACGGGAGACCCCAUCAUACGGCCCAUCUGGUGGAUUUCUCCCAGUGAUGAAUUCGCUCACAAGAUCGACUCCCAGUUCCUCAUUGGGGACACUCUCAUGGUGGCCCCUGUCCUGGAGCUGGGCAAGCAAGAGCGAGAUGUGUACCUCCCGGCCGGCAAAUGGCGCAGUUACAAAGGGGAGCUGUUUGAGAAGACCCCAGUCCUGUUAACAGACUAUCCCGUUGACUUGGACGAAGUUGCUUAUUUCCUCUGGGUAUCUUAACAGACUCCUCCAUCCGCUCUAAUCUUUGUGAUAACCAUGCCUUACUUUAGGAUCUUAAAACAAAUAACAAUUCCAAAUGCACAGUACAUUUCUUUCGGGGGGGGAGGGUGCUGGAGGGGAAUGGGAAAUUAACAGGACUUUGUUUUUUAAAUACCCUAUAUCUUGUCCAUAAGAGACGCUCCAGUUUGGGCUUUGGUAUAUAUAAAUGCAGAAGGUAUAAUAGCAUCACAAGAUGCAUACAGGAAGGCAAGGCCUUUUGAAAUCUCUGAGCUCAAAAGGUAAAAGCAACCCUCGGUUUUUAGCUGUGCAGCAUGUGUUGGUUUUUUUUAUUAUUAUUUUAUUUCUCCUUUAGAAACGUGGCUCCUGGGGGGCCUACAAUAUUUGCCAUAGGCCCCCCCUCUUCUAGGUGCAGCCUAUGAAUCCAAAUCCCAUAGUGCAAUGCUCCAUCUUGAUCUCAAUGAAAGGCUGCGUGCUUCAACAGGAAGCAGUGCAUGCUGGGGCCUGUAGUUUCUGGGCCACGCCUCUCCCCAAAGCAAGUGCAGCUGCAAUCUGCUGUUUUAAUGCAAAUGAAAUGCAAUCUUGGAGUUGUUGCAAGUUGCCAAGAUGGUCUGCAGCUGAACAAAGGGAGGACCGCCCUGAUCCCAGGGGUGAAAGCAUUGUUGGAAGGGAACAAGGAAUGACUCGAACACGGGAAGCAAUGGGUUACUACAGCACAACUAGCCUUACAUUUUAUAAUGUGGCAAAUAUUAUUUAAAAAUGACUUUUUUAAGAGGAUAAAUUUAAGUAAAUAUAUUUUAUUCCUUAGUCCAGCAUUGGACUGGACCUCAAAUGCCCAACCCUUCCCCCCCCCCCCCUCCCCCCCAUCUCUCUCGAGUACCAGGCUGGCCAGGCUAUUCGACUUACCUGCAAGUAUUUUAACUGUAUGUUACUUACCUGGGCAGGCUGC